ACACUGUCUGUCUUUGUGUUAGAAUUGGGAAUAUUCAUGUCGAUGGCAAGCGAGUCGAGUUGGGUUGGGAGGAAACCUGUGAAACGCAUUGGGGGAAUGUCCGAUGCUCUCUCUAUUGCCGCCGAUCUUGGUUUCUCCGUCUCUCCUCUCCCAUCUCAGGAAGGACUUUCCUCUUCAACUGGGGAAAAGGGUGAAGACUUGAUCAGGGUUUUGAGAGAACUAACUACCGUCCAGAGAAAAAUAGCAGAUUUGCAAGUCGAACUUCAAGGUCGAAAGGAUGAUAAAAAUGUUGCACAUCUGACUCAUGUGACUGAAAUGGAAAAGAAGAUUGAGACCUUGGCAAGGAUUACUACUAUACUCAAAGAUGUUAUUCAGAAUAAGGAUCGCAUUAUAGCUCGCCUGCAGCAGCCAUAUUCCCUUGAUUGCAUUCCUGUUGAAGCAGAAUAUCAGAAACAAUUCUCCGAAUUACUAAUGAAGGCAGCUAGUGAUUAUGGUGCCUUGACAGCAUCAGUGGCAGAUUUUCAGUGGAGUCAGAAUUUCAAGGAACCUCCUUCAGUUUGGGGGGAAAUGCUUCGACCCAUUCCUGUAGCUUUGGCAUCUUGUACUCGGUUCUUUGAAGCCAUGUCUGCCACAAGAGAGUCAUUUGCAGCACUUCAGAAACUGAGAGUGGGCCAGUUUGAUUCCGCUGUGCCUAGAACACCAGCCAGAGACCCUUCCGAAAGACUAUCAGGAGUUUCUGAUUAUCUAACUCCACCUCCGUGGAAAACUGAAGCAAACUUUGAUGACUUGGGUAUCAGAAACCAAAGGAGGCAAGAAUUAGAUCAGCAAGUAGAGGAUGCAGACACCUAGCUAAGGGAGAUUUGCCCUCCCUCAGUUAAAAGAAGAGUGUUACAUGGUCAUCCAACAUACCCGGUGUAUCUUUUGUGUGAUAUAUCAUACUUCAAUCGUUUGUGCAGAUCAAUUAUUCAUCAUUGUUGCUUCAGAAUUAUAUAUUUCUGAAUCACAAGAACAUACUCGACAACUUAUGCGUGAAAUACUCUAAUAGUUUGCCAAGGCUGAAACUGAUGGUGAAUGCCUCCCAAACACACUCAUGUAAAUCAACCACCACGUUGUAUUGUAAAAUUAAAACCUAAUAUUAACAUUAGUAGUUUCAUAUAUUGACUCAUAAUUAUCCCACUGAUAUAUCAGAGC